UCUGCCACACCUUUUUGUCAUAGCAGACUUAAGGAAUCUUUGCUCUAGUCGACAUUCUUUUCGUGAUACUUCACGGUUUAGAGUGUAAUUGCAAGUGCAUCUGUUUCAUAGAAGAGACAAGAUACAACUGUGUACAACCCGACAAGAUGGCUACUCAAUGUGUGUCGAAGGUAGAGCUCUCCAUCUCAUGCAACAAUCUUCUUGACAAAGAUGUUGGAUCCAAGUCUGACCCCCUCUGCGUGCUGCUGCAAAGCAUUGGUGAUGACAAGUGGGUCGAGUUGGACCGUACAGAGAAUGUUAAGAACAGCCAGGACCCUGAGUUCUCCAAGAAACUGCUCCUGGACUACUACUUUGAAAAGGUGCAGAAGUUAAAGCUGUGUGUCUAUGACAUAGACAACAAAUCAGUCGAUCUGAAGGAUGAUGACUACCUGGGAGGGUUGGAGAUCACACUGGGACAGAUUGUGUCCAGCAAGAAGAUUACCAGACCUCUCCAACUGAAGCAGAGUAAGCCUGCAGGCAAAGGCACUAUUACUAUUAGUGCUGAUGAGAUAAAAGAUAACAGGGCCAUAAUGCUGGAGGUAGAGGCAAAAGGCCUCGAUAAGAAGGACUUGUUUGGGAAAUCUGAUCCAUUUCUAGAGUUCUUUAAGCAAGGAGAUGAUGGCAAGUGGCAGCUCGUACACAGAACAGAGGUUGUCAAAAAUAAUCUGAGUCCUUCGUGGAAGAAAUUCACAGUGGCUCUGCAAACAUUCUGCAACUCUGAUAUGAGUAAACCAAUCAAGGUCCACUGCUCUGAUUAUGAUAGCGAUGGCACGCAUGACCUUAUCGGCGUUUUCCAAACUAAUGUCUCUGAGCUGCUGAAAGCUGGCCAUGUUUCCCCGGUGGAGUUCAACUGUAUUCAUCCAGAGAAGCAGAAGAAGAAGAAGGGUUACAAAAACUCUGGAGUAAUUAUUUUCAAGGGCUGCCAGAUACAGACACAGUACACAUUCCUGGACUAUGUAAUGGGAGGUUGCCAGAUAAACUUUACGGUGGGCAUUGACUUCACUGGCUCAAACGGUGACCCUCGCUCCCCACAGUCUCUGCAUUAUAUGAGUCCGGACGGACUGAACCAGUACCUUUUGGCUAUCUGGUCAGUGGGCCAGGUUGUCCAGGACUAUGACACUGACAAACUCUUCCCUGCCUUUGGAUUUGGAGCUCAAGUGCCCCCACACUUCAAGGUAUCGCAUGAAUUUGCAUUGAACUUCAAUCCAAGUAACCCUUACUGUACAGGGAUUCAGGGGAUUGUGGAGGCCUACCGCACGGCCUUACCUCAGGUGAAGCUCUAUGGUCCCACCAACUUCUCUCCCAUCAUCAACCAUGUGGCUGGCAUCGCAUCAGUGUCAACGCAACAGAACAAUGCAUCUCAAUACUUUGUCCUGCUUAUCAUCACCGAUGGUGAGAUCACAGACCUGGACGAGACUCGGGAUGCAAUUGUCAAGGCUUCACGGCUGCCCAUGUCAAUCAUUAUCAUCGGGGUGGGUGAAGCCGACUUCAAGGCCAUGGAGUUGCUUGAUGGAGAUGACGGAGUACUCAAGUCACUGACCGGCGAACCUGUCGCCAGGGACAUUGUGCAGUUUGUACCCCUCAGACAGUUCACCAAUGCCCCUAGGGAAGCACUUGCCCAGAGUGUCUUGGCUGAAGUGCCCAAUCAACUUGUGUCCUACUUCAGGAUGCUGAAACUGGAUCCAGUCAAUGUUCCUGCCCUCAAGGUGUAAUGGAGCAAGCAUACCGUAACUCCAAUGCACAGCAUUCCUAACUACACAAGGGUCAGACCACAGGAAUAUGAAUCAGCCUACUAUCAGAUAUGAUAAUCAAAUCCUGGAAUUACAUCACACUGUAUCCACGUCUGUUUUUUGUUUUUUUUACCAAAUAUUACAAUGAUUACCAUAUUUUCUAUUUACUACAAACGUAUAUAUUUAGAAUUCAUUGCUGCCCUAGCUAUUCUUUCAUUCCUUUGACUUCUUGACCAAGCGUAACCCAAAGUUCAAGAAGGGUUAUAAUCCAAAAUAGGGUGAAAGGAGCUGCCAUCCAUGAAAUGCAGCUUCAAAGCAUGACAUUUGUUGACUGAUAACAAAACAGUUUAACUAAUGGGAUAUCUUUUAAAUAAUAAUAAAACUAAUUUCAUAAUGUUUACAAAUGCAAAGAGCUUUCAAUGUUUAAAUUGUUUUCAUUUGUGGCCAGCUUGUGGAUCAGCAAUUGGAAGUCUGGCAAAGCACCGAAGUAAGACUAAGUUUGAAGUGGUGGCUUCCAGUCUAUAAGUGCCUUUAUACAUUUUCUAACCUAAAUCUGUUUUAUUAGAAUGUAUAUUACUUAAUUGAAAGAAGAUUUCCUCUCACCUUUUUUGUAUUUCUUUUGUUCUUUUUAAGUAUUACUCUACUUUAGAAUGUUGAAGGUACGCAGGGAUAUUGUAUGUAAAUGCACGAAUGUCUUGACAAUUACAUUUCUAGAUGUUUUGUAAUUAUCACUGUAUCUCUGAGUAUUCUGCUACUUAAAGGGAUAGUUUGUCCAAAAUUCAUAUUUUUCAGAAAUUUCAGAUCUUGAGUUAAAUUCAACCCGCUCUGCAAUUGGAACAAUAACUCAGCCUCUCUCGAGUCGUAUUUUGUGAGAAUCAAUGGAUUAACUUCGCUAAUGAGACAUGCAAUUUCUGCAAGAAACAUUUUAAUACAGAGGAUCGUGACCCCCGUUCGUUUAGAAGAGGACUAAGGGUGAAUGCAAUUCCAUCAAGUUACCCAGAUCAACCCGUGUUGACAAGACAGAUUCUAUGUAAUACUUCUGAUUGCUGUGUUAUAAUACACAAAGUAUACAUCGCCUCAGGAUAUUCUGGGCCUGGGUUGGGAUUUACGUGUUCACCAUCGCCGAGGUGACUGAGGUGAAUAUCAAAGUGUAACUGACUUUCUAGCUAUAGAAUACGAAUGUUUGUUUACUGUGUAUACACUAGCUCAUGGAUUGAUACAACUGUGAACAAAACCGACCCGGAAACACAGGAAGCAUCUGUUUAUUUGAAAUGAGAAUUAUACUGCGAAAAAUGAAAUCGUUAUUUCGAGGGACAUCAUGUUCUUUGAGGUUUUUAGAGUAGUAUUCCACUUGCAAUGCAGCUUUGUGAUAAAGGUAUGUACGAUUUCUGUUCCUGAGAUUUGUUCAAUGCUAACAAUGCUAAUAACUGACUGAGACAGAGCUGAAUAAUGGAUUGUUUUUAAAAAAUGACUCCAUGCCUUAAGGACCAACUGGAAGGAAGGGGACUGUCAUCGAAAUAUGAUUUUGGGACAAACUAUCCCUUUGCAUGGCUUUUUGCUUUGCUCAUUAACCUCUAUGCAACUCUAUGUUUUUACUAUUAGUGCAUUUAACAUUAUAAAAGCUAAUUUAAUAAACUGCAUUGCACUUAAUAGGUUUGGGAAGCUGAUAAAAAAAAAAAAAAAGCUAACAUUUAAA